AUGGAAGUGACGAAUAUUCAAAAGAUGCAAGAUGAAAUAGCUGCAGUUGAAGCAGCAAUGAAACAGUACGGAGCCGACGCAAGUACCUACAAGAAUUUCACAAAAGAAAAAACUGAAAUAAUACCCGAACUGGUUGAUUGUCCGCAUCACAAUACACUAUGUGCAAAAUGUACACACGUUUGCCACGAUGGCUGCAGUCUUCGAGAAACCACCACAAAAGGCGAUCAAAUAUUCAAGGGUUGCUGGGCGAUAAAAAAUGACGUGUGUGUUCAAUGUCCGAAUAAAUGUAGUUAUACUGAGCAUUACCACGCCCGAAAAACCGUUAAAGUCACCCAGAAAAAAAUGCAAGAGGUACUGUAUGAAAUCAAGGCUAAGUACGAUGCAGCAUCAAAAAAUAAGGAUGAUGCCCAGACAAAAAUUAAGACUACAGCUGAUGCUAAGAGGCUUUUGGAAAAAGCACUAAAACAAAAAAACGACGAAAUCAAACAAAAGUGUACUGAGCUACAGCAAAUAUGCACCGGAUUUAAUAUUGUCGAUGAACUUUAUGCGCUAAUCAAUAUUCUACAAAUGGAAUCGUCAACCUUGAGAAAUAUCGAUGCAAAACAGCAGGCAGAAGACUUCAUUCGUUCAUUACGAGACUUUUGUGAUCAAUUGGAAAAAGACGGCGUGUCAGCCAAACGUGUACCACGACCGAUGAAUUUAUUAGACACAUAUGUACCUGUGCCAAUAACAACUGUGCAACAGACAGUAGUCAGACACAAUCCCACUCAAACUCAGUAUAUACCUAAUACAUUCAACAUGAAUUCAAAUAAUUCGGAUAGUACCGAUAGUGUUCUUCGUAAAGUGUUGAAUAUGCAAAAGAGGGGCAAAACCUCAAAAUCGAGCGACGACAGUGAUAAAAGUGAAAAUGAGAUUGCCAGCAGUGACUCGGACGAUGAAGUAGAGGAGAAAGAUAUUCGACAGAAAGGGAAACGUACAUUACAAAAUAAGGCAACAGUAGUCACGAAUAAAAAUUCACGAACACAAAGUACAGUGGUCGCGAAAGCCUCUCUAACACCCGAACAAACAAGCAUGAUGACCACCGCUGAAUUAGUUACGAAACAAGGUGAAUCUCCUGAUCAACGAACAUCAAUUUUGAUAAAUCAAGAAUUAAAUAAACGAUGUCAAGGAAAAUCAAUUGGUCAGUUGACACCUAUUGAUAUAGCUAAGUUUACAAGAUAUACCCAAAAAUAUACGCAAAAUGAUCAAACAUCGUUAAAUUCAGUUUACAACGAGUUUCAAAAUAAAAUAAACAGUAUCACUGAUGCAGAUAGUUCACAAAUAUUAAAAGUACCAUCUGAUCUAUUAUUAGAAAUUGCAGCUGUCUAUCUCGCAUUACAAGAUGCUCCAUCAACUGUACCCGAGAAAAAACAAUCUUUGAAUCAACAACCGCCAUACGGCCAGCUACCUCCUCAGCAAGCUGAUAACCAAUAUCUACCAAGUCUAGAUCAAUAUAAUAACAGAAUGAAUCCAAAUAUGCAUCAUGGUCAUUAUCUACAUCAUCCACCAAACUAUAGCGGCGACAUGUACCAGCAUCAUGGUGAUUAUCCUCCACCUCCUCCUAAUCAGCAAAAUUUCACAGUAUAUCGAGAUCCGAAUCAGCAGCAACGCUUACACAACACUAUGGAUCCGAACCGUCGGGGUGCAGAAGAGGUUUAUCCAGCACCACGCGUUUUCAUGCCAAUGCCCAUGCCCAUGCCGACAUCUAGUUUUGCCCAAAUGAACAUCGGUACUCCACAACUUUCUCAACCUUCAAUCCAUCAUCCACCGCAGAGAAAUGAUAUAGUGUUAUCUAAACGAUCGAACACCUCAUUGAUUGAGCUCUAUUAUAAUCGUCAGGAUUAUCGCGAUCAGUAUGAAAUGAAUAGAAUCCAAGACGAACUAAAGUCUCGUUUGAAUGGCGAAGCGUUCGGCCCCCUAUCUUAUGAUCAAGUUCAAAACUAUAAUAAGUCUCGUGAUCAGCGUAGCUCAAUGCAAUUGGAUGAGUUAAAAUAUACUUACGAUAGAAUAAAAGAGAAGAUAGCGUUGAUUACAGAUAAUGAUCCACUUCGUAUUAUGGAAGUUUCGGUUGAUCUUUUACUACAGGCGUGUGCUCUAUGCUCAUUAAUCCAACAAAAGUCGAAAAGUGGAGAUCAACGCACAACAGCAUCAGUAGCUUUGUCUGAUCGAGAGGGAUCACCAUUCAGACCAAUAAAUCAACAUACAGAUGAUGAACUGUCGAAUACGUCAUUAUCAAAGUUGCUGACGCUCUACAACGAUCGUAAUCAUCCGAAUAAAACUUUGAUACAACAAGAAAUUGAUCAUCGAUGUAUUGAACAUGCAGAUAUUGUGAGACAAUACCCGUCUGUAUUUGAUCAGAUAGUCGAUGAAUGUAGAUAUAAACCGAUCGGUGAACUUCAAACGUAUUACUUCUCGUUCAAACCACGAAUAACGCAACAAAUCGAUAUUGACUCGAAAAACAGACUCAUCGUUCAACAAGCAGCUAUUGCUUACCUCAUUCAGCAAAAACAAUAA